AUGGGCGUGUGGCAUAGAAACGUACGUUACAACUGUCGCAUCCUGCUCACCUACAAGAAAAUCUUUUUCAUCCGGCCGAAAGUGAGCCUCGUCGACGACGGCCUAUACCGCGAAGCUCGACAUUUUACAGCCUGGGUCAAGGAGAGGACAACUGAGACGUAUUGCCUUGAAAAGGAUGUCAGCGAUAUCACGGGCCAGAUGACGGUACCAAUUGCCGAACCCGUUCUCUCUACGUUUGGAUACAUCGGUCGGGUAAGUGGAAAAUACUUCUAA